GCUCCAUCUAUCCGCGUGGACUUUCCCUUUACUCGCGCACCUCCCUUCUUUCUGCAAGAUAAGAAAUAAUCUAUGUAGAGUAAAGACAGAUUGCAAAGAGGGGAAAAAAUCUUCGAAAAGGUAUGUGUUCGAAACCCUAAUCUGAGCUCUACUGCUUGCGUGUGUAUACGGCGGUGGCUGGUUGUGGUAGGAAUAGAAGAAAGCUCUGUUUUAAUUGAACUAGCCGUGGUGAUUUAGUGCGUGUUCUGUCUCUGUGUUUCUCUCUCCAUUGGCGGGAUUAUGUGAAUUGAGUAGGGUUUGACUUCGCGUUGAAAAAUUCAAGAAAUUGAGUUGGUGUGUGUUGUGUGUGUUUCUCUGCGAUAGUUGAGUUGAGGUGUGGUGCAAUGUUGGGGGGUGGGAAUGAGGGAUCUGAGGAGGAUAAGCUGAGGGAGCGUAAGGUUUACAGUAGAAGGCCGUCGUUUAAAGGGCUUGAAAACAGUAACAGCAGUAGUAAUUUGUUGAGGGAGCAGCAGCAGCAGCAACAGCCGGAAUCUCAGGCUAUGGUUUCGGAGGGCUUGAAUUCUAUGAAGAGAAUGCAUAAUUCUGGUGUUGAUGCGGGCCGUGAUGGCUUGGGUGGGAGGGGAGGGCUUCUGAGGCAGGAUAAGGUUAGGAUAAGUUUGUCGAUGAAGUCGAAACGUGAUGCUCUGGAGUUGAGGAGGAAGCUGGAGAGCGAGAGGGAUAUGGUGCGGAGCUUGAUGAGGAGGAUUGAGUCGAAUGAGGGGAUAAAGAAUGGAGCUCAAGGAUUUGAUGGUAGAGAUGGGGAUAAGGUAGCUGCCGGGGUGGGGCAGCCUCGGAUGUUGAAGCCGUUGAAUCCGUUGAGCGUGUUGGUGAACGAGAAUAGCAAGCCGGGGAAUGAUGUUGUGGAGAAGGAGAAAAGGACCCCGAAGGCAAAUAAAUUCUAUAGAAAUACGGAGUUCUUGCUUGCAAAGGACAAGAUUCCGCUAGGUGAAAGUAACAAGAAAUUGAAGCCGAAUGGGAAGAAGGGAGGAGGAAGUGGGGCGGGGAUGGAAAGUUUUCCCAAUCAUGUUUUGAAGAGUUGUACGGCGCUCUUGGAAAGAUUGAUGAAGCACAAGCAUGCUUGGGUGUUUAACAAGCCAGUUGAUGCAGUUGCUCUUGGUUUGCACGACUAUUUCGAAAUUAUAAGAAACCCCAUGGACCUGGGUACUGUGAAAGGGAGGUUAACUCAGAAUUGGUACAAGUCCCCGAUGGAGUUUGCUGAGGAUGUCGUGCUUACAUUUCAAAACGCUAUGACGUAUAACCCGAAAGGGCAAGAUGUUUAUGUGAUGGCCGAACAGCUGUGCAAAAUAUUUGAGGAUAAAUGGGCUCCCAUAGAGGCUGAUUAUAAACGUGAGAUGAAGCUAGGUGCAGAUUAUGAUGUGGGGCCACCAACGCCUACAUCUCGGAAGGCUCCUCAGCAGUCAAGAGCACGGCCUGAUAUGAAAAAACCUUUAGAUAGGUCUGCGAUGGCCCACUCUGGUGAUCCUAAAAGAAAGAAACCAAGUACUGCGCUGUCUGGCAAGGUUCAUGCGCCAAAGAAGCCAAAGGCGAAGGAUCCCAAUAAAAGGGAGAUGACAUAUGAUGAAAAACAAAAACUUAGCAUAAACUUACAGGAUUUACCUUCUGAGAAGCUUGAGAAUGUUGUUCAGAUCAUUAAGAAGAGGAAUCCAUCUGUUUCCCAGCAAGAUGAUGAGAUUGAGGUUGACAUUGACAGUGUUGAUACUGAAACUCUUUGGGAGCUUGAUAGGUUCAUAACAAAUUAUAAGAAGAAUUUGAGCAAGAACAAAAGAAAGGCCGAAAUUGUCGGUAAUUUUGUAGCUGGUCAAGAGCAGAACACCAAUGACAAGGUUGCUACCUCUGUUGUAACGGAAACCCCAAGAGCAAGUAGAACAGAUGAAGAGAAAGUCGCCUCACCUCCGGUUGAAGUAGAGGAGCCAGAGGUAGAGCACAGUGAUAAGAACCAAGGAGCCAGCCAAAACAGCUCUAGCUCUGAUUCGGGAUCUUCUUCCAGUGAUUCUGAAGGAGAAAGUUCUUCAGCAGAUGGCUCUGACGGGGAACACUCACCUAAGAAUUGAAUUGUUGAGAUAUUGGCGAAUCUCAUGCUGACAAUAAGGCUAGAACUGUACUCGAAUGAUAGAUGCACCCUUGACUGUUUGUGGAUCCAGAAGGAAUUCUUGGUCAUUGGCUCAAUUUGUAAAUACCCGUAGUGGGUGAUAACUGUAGAUUUUUUUCUAAGCAGAUGUGUGGUAAUCAUGUUCGUCUCGUAGAGGUACGUUGCUCACAGGUAGUGGUUUGUAUGAUAUGUUUAGGUCAUGCAUACCGAUAGCACAAACGGCUGUGUCCUCUAAAUCUGUAAUUACAUGACAGUGACUGUCUCCCUCUGUAAGUUGUGUAGAAACCAGACAUUGUUCGUGUUCGUUGUUUGCAGACGUCUGUGAUCAGCUCCGAUGGUGCCGGUUAGUUUCUCUUUUCUCAA